GCUUUUCUUCCUCCCGGAUAACAGAUAGAGAUUUCUAGCACUACUCCCACAGAGGUGACAGGGGGCGGCCAUUUUGACUGAAAGUAGUCCAAGAUGGCGCCUUAUUAUGUCAGAGGUCUAUUGCGUAGCAUAAAGGCCGAGAGCGAAGUUGAUGCUUUAUAUGAGUUCAGAGAUCACUAUUUUGAGCAGUUUGGUGUGGAGAGAGCAGUAUUCAAGAAUGAUGAAGUGAAGAGGAAAAUGGAAGAAACACUUAAAAUUGUAGAAUCUCACAAAGACAGUUUCCCAAACAAAGCCGAGUACUUCAUGUUGCUGGGACGUACACUGAAUGUUACACCAGACUAUGAUAGUAAAGCAUAUGAAUGUCUAUCGAAGGCUGUUAAACUGGACCCUAAACUGGUAGAGGCUUGGAAUCAUCUUGGUGAACUAUAUUGGAAGAAAGGGGACAUCAAUAAUGCAAAGAACUGUUUCUCUGGAGCUCUCACACAUUCAAAGAACAAGAUAUCAUUACGCAAUUUGUCUAUGGUGUUACGACAGUUGAAUGUUAGUGCAGAAGAACGAGUUGCAAAGGUAGAAGAAAGUGUUGAAAAGGCAAAAGAGGCAGUACAAAUGGAUAUAAAGGAUGGACAAUCAUGGUUGAUUCUUGGAAAUGCUUACCUGUCAUUAUUUUUUUCUACUGGACAAAGUGCAAAGAUACUACAGCAAGCCAUGAGUGCUUACAAGCAAGCAGAGAGUGAUCCUGUAGCCAGGAAUAAUGCUGACCUACAUUACAACAGAGCAUCUGCUUACAAGUUUGAGGAGGAUUUUCAGAAGGCACUGGAAGGUUUCUCCCAUGCUUCACUGUUAGAUCCCAGUUGGAAGGCUCCUGAGACUCAAGAAAGACAACUCUUAUCUUACUUGACAAGUGUGACACAGAUGAUAGAGGCAAAGGGAAAAGUGAAAGGGAAGAGACUACAAACAUUGUCACAAUCUCCACGAGACAGUGCUCUAGGCCCCUAUGCUGGAGGUGGUUACACUAGUAACAGUGGCAAGUCUGUAAAACUGAUGAGAUGUUCCUUCAAAGAUCUUGAGACAGGUGUAAACCCAGAGAGGGUUGUGCUGGGAAAAGUUGCCUGUACAAUUCCUACUGAUGAUCUUGUACCGUUCACAUUUUGCAUGAUAGAUGAAGAUGAAACAGUGAUGCCAGUCAAUGUUUACAACCUGGCCCAGGGAUCAGGUGUCAAAAUAGGGGACUCAGUUGCUAUCCCAGAACCAUAUAUACAGAUCGUUAGUGUCAAACACAAAGAUAAGGAAUUUUACUACAGAGGUAUACGUGUGAGCACACCUUUAAUAUUGGUUGUGAAUGGUAGAAAACUGGGUCGUGACAAGCAAGUAGGUACAGUGUUGGUGGUGAAUGCUGUAUCAGACUGAGAACCUCAAGCAGCUAGGAUGUCUAUAUAACGUGCUGAGAAUACUGUGAUAAACUUUGGCAAACAGUUUGCUGUUGUGCAUUUAUAAGAAAGUAAUGGACAGACUAAGAAUCUAAUUAUUUAUGGUCGUGAAAUAUUGUACCUUGAAAGACUUAUAUGACUUCUUGUGAUGAUAUUGAUAAGGUUUUGAUUUGUGUAGAGUGGCUGGACUCGAGAGCCAGACCUGUAAAAGUAGGGAGGCGCUUCUCAUGAGGGUGUCGAAAAUUCUUGGGUUUUUUUUGUGGUGGUGAGGGUUCCAUUCUAUACACUCCUACAUUUCAGAGACAUGUUUUGUGCAAGUUUUAAAGACAUUGAUUCUGGUAUGCGAGAUAUGUGGCCUAUGGGGAUGAUACAGUCUGCGUAUUGGCGGUUGGUUAGGGCCAAUAUACAAGACUGGACCAUU